AUGGGAUACUUGAAAGAAUUUUAUUCAAAUCUAUUGAAUAAAAUAGAAACAGAUUCUGAACUUCUUUAUAAUAUUGUUAUUGGUAAUACAAGUGCUGACUUGGAUUCUAUAUGUAGUUCUAUAGCAUAUGCCAUAUAUUUAUCAGUAACUAACUCUCCAUCUGAUCCUAACAAGAAAUUUCCUGAAAAAAAGUCAAUUCAUAUUCCAGUAGUAAAUUGUUCAAGACGUGAGUUAGAACUGAAAAUUCCAUUCAAGUUAUGGACCAGUUUCUUUCCUGAAAAAAUUGGUAAUGAAGAAUUACAACUAAUUUGCAUAGAUGACUAUAUAAUAAGCAAAAUAUUAUCAAAAAUCAAUGAUAAAAGUGAUGAAAGUGUCUUUAUUAGCCUUGUAGACCAUAACAUUCUUGAUAUAAAACAAAUAGAAUGGAAAUCGAAAGUUAGAAGAAUUAUUGAUCACCAUCAAGAUAACAACGAAACUCAAGCAGUUGAAAGGAUAUCUCCUGGACCACUUGUUGGAAGUUGUUCAAGCUUAGUUACUCAACUUUGGUCAAAUCUACAGAACUUUGAAAUUGAUACAAGUGUUGCUUUGCUACUACUUGGACCAAUAAUAAAAGAUACUAGAUGUAUAUCUAAAGAUUUGUAUAAUAAACGUUGGAAUAAAAUAGAUGAGGAGUCCUUUAACUUUUUAAUUAAAAAGUUGCAUUUAAACUAUCAGGACUGUUUAAAAUAUCUAGAACUUUUAUAUUCAGAAUCCAAUAAUUCCAAAUUAAUAUUAAGUCUAGAUAUUAGUGAUAUUUUGACUAUGGAUUACAAAUGCUUUUCAUAUUACACAAGUUCAUAUGAUAUUAUGGUUGGGUAUUCUAGUUUUGAAAUAAAACUAGUAGAUAUUAUUGAUCACUUUGGGUAUCAGCAAUUUUUAACUAAAUGUGUAAGUUUACUAUUAUAUUCGAUUAAGCUGUAA